AUGAUUGUUUCCCAUCUGUUCGGCCUGCUGGCCGCCACUGCCGGCCUGGCCAAGGCCGUUAACAUCACUGGGUAUGAAUAUGUCGUCGUUGGUUCUGGGGCUGGUGGUGGUCCUCUGGCAGCCCGCCUUGCCCUGGCCGGCCACAAGACACUUCUCCUCGAGGCUGGCGAUGAUCAGGGAGAGAACUACAAUUAUACUAUACCUGCCUACUCUGCCAGAGCCUCUGAGGACGAGAAGCUUUCGUGGAAUUUCUUCGUACACCACUAUGAAGAUGAAGAGCGUCAGGCUCGCGAUUGGAAGACGAGCUACGAGACACCUGAUGGCGGGUUAUACACCGGCCUGAAUCCUCCCGAGGGCUCGACAAUGAAAGGAACCCUCUAUCCUCGUACAGGUACCCUCGGUGGAUGCACUGCUCACAACGCCUUGAUCGCAGUCUAUCCCCACCAGUCUGACUUUGAGUACAUCGCGACUCUUACCGGCGAUAGCUCAUGGACACCUGAGAAUAUGCGCAACUACUUUAUCAAGCUGGAGAGAAAUGGCUACUUGCUGCCCGGAGCUAAGGGCCACGACCGCUCCCUCAGCAUUGUUUUGGAGGACCCUCAGCUGCUGAGCAUGCUGACUGGUGGUGCCUUUGCUCUUGGAAACUUGACCGACAACGUCAUGAACAUUGGCACUCUGCUGGCUGGCGAUGCCAAUGCGGAUACCGAAACCCGUGAUACCGAACCUGGGUACUACCAAAUCCCUAUCGCGACCGAUGAUGCCCACCGAAACGGUGCUCGCGAAUUUAUCAUCGCUGUGCGGGAUGCUAAGAACGAUGAUGGUUCCAAGAAGUACCCUCUUGAUGUCCGCAUGAAUACCCACGUCACGAAGGUGACCUUCAAUGAGACUGUCAGCCCACCCCGUGCCACCGGUGUCGAAUUUCUCGAUGGCGAGCAUCUCUACAAAGCCAGCCCAAUGUCCAAGUCUGCUCUUGCUGGUAUCCCCGGCUCCGCCACUGCUUCCCGUGAGGUGAUUGUUGCCGGCGGUGUGUAUAACUCGCCCCAGAUCCUCAAAUUGAGUGGUAUUGGUCCCGCCGACGAACUCAACAAGUUCGGUAUCAAGGUCAUCAAGGAUCUCCCUGGUGUCGGUACCAACCUCCAGGACCACUAUGAGAUCUCCGUGCAGGGCAAAGUCGAGAAAGACUUUUCUUGCUUGAACAAAUGCACCUUCAGCAUCGAUGACCAGGCUGAUCCUUGCAUCAAGGAGUGGGAAUCUCCUAUUCUUGGUGACCACGGCAUCUACUCAUCCCCCGGUCUCGCUGCCACCAUGCUGUACAAGAGUUCGGUGGCUAACGAGGACUUUGACAUUUUCUGCUUCGGCGGACCGGUCAACUUCCGCGGCUAUUUCCCUGAUUAUAGCAUCAACGCCACCGAAGAACACAACUGGUUUACCUGGGCCAUCCUUAAAGCUCAUCCCCGCAACAGCGCCGGUACGGUUGCGCUUCAAUCCGCUGACCCCCUUGACAUGCCUAAGAUCACCUUCAAUUACUUUGAUACUGGUGUCGGUGACUACGAAGCCGAUCUUACUGCUCUCUAUGAAGCCGUCGAGUUGGCCCGUGAUGCUUUCAAGCGCCAGCUUGUUCACGUCACUGAGGUUCUCCCCGGGGACGCCGUCCAGUCCAAGGAAGACAUUGAGACCUACGUCAAGGAUGGCGCCUGGGGCCACCACGCCUCCUGCACCUGUCCCAUCGGCGCCGAUGACGACCCGAUGGCCGUCUUGGACUCGAAGUUCCGUGUCCGCGGUGUCUCGGGUCUCCGUGUUGUCGAUGCUUCGGUUUACCCGAAGAUCCCCGGUACUUUCACGGCUGUCUCUACCUACAUGGUAGCCGAGAAAGCUGCUGACGAGAUUUUGAGCGAGCUCAAUGCCAGCUCUUAA